GGGAGAGGAGCCCACGUCGCCUGCCACCUAGUCUCCAGCCAAGCCGCCCCAGGAGUGUAAGAUGUUCGCCUGCGCCAAGCUCGCCUGCAGCCCCGCUCUGAUCCGAGCUGGAUCCAGAGUUGCAUACAGACCAAUUUCUGCAUCAGUGUUAUCUCGACCAGAGGCUAGGACUGGAGAGGGCUCUACAGUAUUUAAUGGGGCCCAGAAUGGAGUGCCUCAGCUAAUCCAAAGGGAGUUUCAGACCAGUGCAAUCAGCAGAGACAUUGAUACUGCUGCCAAAUUUAUUGGUGCAGGUGCUGCAACAGUAGGAGUGGCUGGUUCUGGUGCUGGUAUUGGAACAGUCUUUGGCAGCCUUAUCAUUGGUUAUGCCAGGUAA